AUGACAAGACCUUCUCCGUCCCCUGAUAAAGUUAGGGGGCAGUUGGAAGGAGUUUGCAGAACAGGAUCGUCGUCACCUCCACGUGGAUUGGGAUUUGGACGAGAAAUGGGCAGUGCUUUUCGAGUUGUAACACCUAAACGAGUUGAAAAAGGUGGGGAAAGUUCGCCUCCUUUCUCGAGUCUUGCAAAUUCAUCCUCCCCUCCCCCGACGGGAGCGGCCAGCAGGGGAGACGAAGAGGUGAGGCCGUCGGAGCCCCUGAGGACCUGCUACCCAGGACUGUGGUACGGUUUGCCCGCUUUCAAAUCGGUUGCCACUUUUGAGUCCAGUUUCCCUCUCUUUCCCUUCUUCACCCCUCAUCUUUUGGCACCACCUCCAAACGACAAUGCUUCCGUCAUCCCACCGACAAGUGUUGCCAGUAACAAGGUGGAAAGCAUAUCGAAUGCGGGAACACAGGAAGCGAGUCGAGUGCUCUCCAAGGAGUAUCCUCUUCCUGCUCCUCUUGCGGGAGCGGACUUCCGGUCACUCGGACUAGGACUGUGGCCAGGAGAUCUGCGCACUCAUCCUCUCUUCUUUCCUUCCGGAAUUCAUUCCUCUCCCUCAUCAUCUUCCAUGCUUCACAGGUCUUCGUCGACAUCGAGUGGAACAAAUGGCCUGUUGCCCGCCCAUUACACGACUGCAGCCGAGAUCUUCCGACCUUUUCCGUCUCUUGCACACUGCGUUUCCUUUCCCCUCCUGGGACUCGGAUCCCCCUACUCAGAUUCAGUGAAACACCUACACCCCCACCAUCCACUCCACCCUCACUUCAAAGAUGGUGGACUUUUACUUAGUCCAGGUUCGAAACCCGCCAGCGGUCAUCCUCAUCCGAGUGACGUCUACUCUUGUGUAAAGUGCGACAAGAUGUUCAGUACACCUCAUGGCUUAGAAGUCCAUUCUCGGAGAUCUCACAGCGGGAAAAGGCCUUUUGCAUGCGAGCUUUGCAACAAGACCUUCGGCCAUGAGGUCAGCUUGAGUCAGCACAGGGCCAUUCACACGGCCGAGAGGACAUUUGAGUGCAAGCAGUGUGGAAAGAGCUUCAAACGCUCAUCGACGCUCUCUACUCAUCUGCUGAUACACUCCGACACUCGUCCCUACCCGUGUCAGUAUUGUGGUAAACGAUUCCACCAGAAGUCUGAUAUGAAGAAACACACAUAUAUACAUACGGGUGAGAAACCCCAUAAGUGCACAGUCUGUGGUAAGGCCUUCAGUCAGUCAUCUAACCUAAUCACGCACAGUCGGAAGCAUACGGGAUUCAAACCCUUUGCCUGCGAUAUUUGUGGACGAGCUUUUCAGCGAAAAGUCGAUCUCAGAAGACAUAAAGAAACACAACACUCUGACAUGAGGGCACUUCACUAGACCGGUUAUUCGACUGUAAACAGCUGGGAAACUGUUCUACACUGCUGUUUCGAUGUAUGUGUAUAUUGGAAUUUUGUCACAUCGACUUCAAAAUUAGCGUCCAGGGCUAACUAUAGCUUCAAAAUACCACGACUUGAGGAAGCUGGAUUCGACACUAAACCGACUGUGAUUAUAUUAUGCAUGGUCUAAGUUGAUAUCAUGAACGAGUGAUACGCAUUACCAGUUGCUGUAAUCUCUAUACAGGCAACAUGACGCGUCUUUAAAGUGAAACUAUUUAGAAAAUCAUUCUUUUAAAUGUGCUUCAAAGUCAUAAAUUAAAGGUACCUUUCAGAUACAUCUGAAAACCAACAUGACUGAGGACUAGUCGAUUGUCUGCAAAAAAAACGCGAAAUUAAAAAGACUCAAAAUUUAAU